CGCCCUCUUUUCAUGGAACGGGUCAUGUGACGGGAUCUGGCCACGCCCCUGCGGCUCUGGGAAAACAUGGCGGCUUCCUUCUCCUCCUGCGCUUCCUGUCCGCCGCUGCUCCGCUGAUCCCAGCGACGCACACGGGCACAAAGGAACAGAGCUCCACGCACUUCCACGGAGGCGCCGCCAUUCGCCUUGUCCUGCUCUGUCCCGCCCGGCCCGGCAUGGAGAAGAGCGGCAGCACCGACAGCCUGGGCUCCAAGCGGUCCUCCUCCAGACACCCGAGCGCCGACUCUCUGGCCAGCACGAACACCUGCCGCUCCGAUCGCUCUGCGCACAUGAGGUCCCCCACGGCGCUGUCCUCCGACUCCGCGUCCACCCGCACCGACCUGUCCGCCGAGCUCCCGGAUAAAUCUAACUCAGAUGUAAAGGUGCUCAGGGAUUCCAGCAAAAUGGCCCAAGAAGAACUGCAGCUGCUGCCGAACGAGUCGCUACAGGACACAGCCCCAGAUGUCACGUACAUCUGUCCCUUUCUCGGAGCCAUCAGAGGAGCUCUGACUGUGACCAAUUACAGGCUGUUCUUCAAAUCCAUGGACAAGGAUUCGGCGUUUGUGCUGGACCUUCCCCUGGGGGUGAUCAGCCGGGUGGAGAAGAUCGGGGGCGUCUCCAUGCACGGGGAGGUGUCUUACGGGUUGGUUUGUAAGGACGUUCGCAAUCUCCGCUUUGCCCACAAGCAGCAGGAGGGCUCUCUGAAGAAAUCCAUCUUUGAGGUUUUAAUGAAAUUUGCCUUCCCCGUCUCAAACAGUAUGCAAAUGUUUGCCUUCGACUACGGGCAGAUUUUCCCAGAGAACGGGUGGAAGGUGUACGACUCCCUGUCGGAGUACAAGAGACAGGGUGUGCCCAACGAGAGCUGGAGGAUAACGAAGCUCAACGAGCACUACGAGCUGUGCGACACCUACCCUGCCAUCCUGGUGGUGCCCGUCACCGUCCCCGACGAGGAGCUGAAGAAGGUCGCGACCUUCCGGGCCAAGGGCAGGAUACCUGUUCUGUCCUGGAUUCACCCCGAGAGCCAGGCAACGGUGACGCGCUGCAGCCAGCCGAUGGUAGGCGUCAACGGAAAGCGUUGCAAGGAGGAUGAGAAGUACCUGCAAGCCAUCAUGGACGCCAACGCACAGUCCCACAAGCUCUUCAUCUUCGAUGCGCGGCCCAGUGUCAACGCCGUAGCCAACAAGAUGAAAGGGGGCGGGUUCGAGAGCGAGGACGCCUAUCAGAACGCAGAGCUGGUCUUCCUCGACAUCCACAACAUCCAUGUGAUGCGCGAGUCCCUUCGCAAGCUGAAGGAGGUGGUCUACCCCAACAUCGAGGAGUCCCAUUGGCUCUCCAACCUCGAGUCCACCCACUGGUUGGAGCACAUCAAGCUGAUCCUGGCGGGGGCUCUGCGUAUCGCCGACAAGGUGGAGUCCGGGAAGACGUCGGUGGUGGUGCACUGCAGCGACGGCUGGGACCGCACCGCGCAGCUCACCUCGCUGGCCAUGCUGAUGCUGGACGGCUACUACCGCACGCUGCGCGGCUUCCAGGUCCUGGUGGAGAAGGAGUGGCUGAGCUUCGGGCAUCGCUUCCAGGCGCGGAGCGGUCACGGAGACAGGAACCACACGGACGCAGACCGGUCGCCUGUGUUCCUGCAGUUCAUCGACUGCGUGUGGCAGAUGACACGUCAGUUCCCUGCGGCAUUUGAGUUCAACGAGUACUUCCUGAUCACCAUCCUGGACCAUCUCUACAGCUGCCUGUUUGGGACCUUCCUCUGCAACAGCGAGCUGCAGAGGGUGAAGGAGGAGCUGCCGAAGAAGACGGUCUCCCUGUGGUCGUAUAUCAACAGCCAGCCGGAGGAGUUCACCAACCCUCUGUAUGUCGACUACUCCAACCACGUGCUCUACCCUGUGGUCAGCAUGCGCCAUCUAGAGCUGUGGGUGGGUUACUACAUUCGGUGGAACCCACGUAUGCGGCCUCAGGAGCCCCUGCACCAGCGCUACAAAGAGCUGUUGGCCAAGCGGGCAGAGCUCCAGAGGAAGGUGGAGGAGCUCCAGCGCGAGGUGACCAGUCGAGCUGCUGCUGCCCCCGAGAGGGCAGGAUCUCCGGCAGGGUCACCUGUGCAGACCUGUGUGUGACAGGCUGGGGCGGGGCCACAAACAGAGGGCGGAGUCCAAUGGAUGCCUCUUUUUUUCCAUGAAUGGGCCAGGAGAUGUCCAGCUGGCAACAUUUUUGCCCCUCAGUAGUAUCACUGGCGAUCACUUCCAUCGGGCUGGAUUGAGGGUAUUGAAAUGCAGACUCUGGCGGGGAGUGGGAUGGGAAGUGUUGGCUGUCUAGAAUCCUUGACUUCCGUGAGCCGAAGGUGAUGCAGGGCUCCACCACAGCAUUCUUCCUCCUGCCAGAUUGCCUCAAUCAACUUGUGCUCCAGAUACCUCCAUGGGGGAUUGUGCCUCAGUCCCUCUCUUCUUCAUUGUAAUCAUACUUGAUUUUAAAAAAUAUAUCUCUACCUACACCUGUAGAGGUCACAUACUCAAUUAUGUAUUCAUAUAUUCAUACAUUUACGGAAAGCCAUAUGACUUGUUGCUAUUUAAGAUGUUAUUUAAGCAUUCACAUUUUGAGAGGUUCAAGUUGCAGAAGUUAGAUCUUGUUUCUGGUGUCCAGGGAACCGAGCUUAGUCGUUUACAAGCAGCGUGGCUCUUUCGGUUUACUGCACGUUGCGGUUGUAUGACCAAACAGCUAUAUGAGCAUUCUCCCUCCUCCAUAGGGAUUGGGCCAUCUGCAGCAGGUGUACAAUACAGGAAAAUCGAAAUUGGGAUGGAGCUGAAACCAGUCUAGCUUGGACCUGAAUUAGGGCUUUAGUACAACAUUGGCUGAGACGCGGCAUGCUUCAAUACACAGGUACCUUUGCAUAGUGUAACCACGUACUUGCUCUCUAGCGCCAUCCGAUUACUGUUGGCUGGCAGUGUGUGGGAACAUAGCAACGGUUACUGAGUUUUUACUGUAAAGCACUUACAAGGCUACUUUAGGAAGCUGUAUGUUGCUAUUAGUUGGGAACUACACAUUUUUACUGCAGAACGUAGCUCAAAUACUCUGGUUUACAUCUGUGUUAUAAACAGUAGAGCAGAGAUUUUACUGAGGUGCUCAGAUUGUUUUGAUUAUUCAAGAGCAGCUCAUUCAUUUUAUGCAACUGAAUAUGAGCUUUGCAUAGGUGCCUAGUAUGUUUGUUAAUCUGCAGUAACUUUUUUUAACUAACAUUUCUUGACAAAUAAACUCACUCAUAUUGCCUUUGUGAAACCACAAGUGGAUUUUUCGGUAGUAUGAUAUAAACAUAAAACUAGAGUCUGAAAAACUUCCUAAGGCUUCGGGUUGUGUCAAAUACUAAGACUUCUACAGAAUUAAUAGUAAGUCAGAACUUAAAAUGGCUCUGCACUGACAC